AUGGCUCGCUCCGCUCUCUCCGUUGGCCUCGCGCUCUUCCUCGCUACAUUCUUGGUGCUCUCAUGCGUCUCAUAUGCCCAAGCAACGAGCGAGGCGACAGGCGUUGAUGCAGCAGAAGACGUGGCGAGAAUCACGCAGCCCAACAAGGCCCACGAGCAGCGCCACCGCAAGCUCCAGACGACGGCUGAUAGUACGGGCUUUCUCAAGGCCCGGUCCCUCCUAUCACUGGCCCUCUCAGCCCAGCCGGGCAAUGCAGCAGCGCUGGGGAAUGCAGCAGAGGUGGAGGAGGCGCUAGGGAAUGCAGCAGCAGCGCAUGAGCUCUUUGUGCGGGCGCACCGGGCGGGUAGAAUGGUGGCGAGGCGACGACGGGGGAUGUUCGAGUCGGCUAAGGAGGGGAGGAGAGAGGAGCAGGAAGGAGGGGCGUGGCGGUGGGUUGUGGGGAAGAUGAAGGAACAGCAGGUGAAAAGGAGAGUUGGAGGGAGGUGA